GAAUAAAAUUAUAUUUGCGACAUUUGAGGCAACUAUUUUUAUUGAGAAAAUUUGCGAAAUUUGGACAAGCAUGGCUUCUCUGGGCAGUAUUUUCAUACCAAUAAACUCGUGGCGACAUAAAAAACAAAUUGCAUAAUUUUUAGAGCGGAUAAACGUAGGUUUACAUCUAUUUUUCGUUAUUAGUUUUGCGAGCGCAGUUGCAAAAGCACGACAGACUAACGUCAUGAAUUCCCCGAAAGUUUUUGUUGCUGGUCCUUCGGUCCCACGAGCGGGUUUGGAUCUCUUAGUCGAAAAAGGGGUGCAACUUACGAAAGUCGAAAAUGAGUCCAAAGAAGAUAUCUUAAAGAAAGUGAAGGGAGUAGAUGCAUUAUUCUGGGCAUCACAUUUGAAGUUGGACAAAGAUGUUCUGGAUGCUGCUGGGAGCCAAAUGAAAGUUAUCGGCACAAUGUCUGCUGGUUACAAUCACAUAGAUUUAGAGGAAUUGAGAAAACGUGGUAUUAAACUGGGAAAUACCCCGAACGUGUUGAACGAUGCCGUGGCUGAUGUGGCAGUUCUCCUCUCUCUAGCAGCUUCUAGAAGGCUUCACGAAGGAAGAUUGAAAAUUGAGAAUGACCAAUGGAAAUCUCAUUCAGAAUGGAUGCUGGGAAAAGAUAUAGUUAAUUCUACAGUUGGAAUCGUAGGAUUAGGAGGUAUAGGACAAACAAUUGUGAGGAGAUUGAAAGGAUUCGAUGUGAAAGAGUUUCUUUACACUGGCCACCGGGAAAAACCAGAAGGAAAAGAAUUAGGAGCAAAGUUUGUAUCCUUGGAUACACUAACGAGAGAAAGUGAUUUCGUGAUAAUGGCAGUCCCCUUAACAAAUGAAACGGAAGGCAUGUGUAACGAGGACUUCUUUUCGAAAAUGAAGAAAACUGCAGUAUUCGUCAACAUCAGCAGAGGACAAGUAGUGGACCAACCGGCUUUGAUCCAAGCUUUAAGAAACGAAACCAUUUUUGCCGCUGGUUUGGAUGUAAUGACACCUGAACCAUUACCUUCCAAUCACGAAUUACUCACGUUGCCUAAUCUCGUAUUGCUCCCACAUUUGGGAAGUGCAACCAGACAAACCAGGGAUGCCAUGUCACUUUUGACGGCCCAAAAUAUUUUGAGGGGUCUUGGCGGCGAAGAAAUGUUUACACCAGUUGUUUAAACAUGUAUUACAGUGAUAACUAUAUUCUACUUCAAUGAAUCAACUUGUUUACAGAUAUGAAACCCUUAACUAUUUUGUCAAGAGUAUUUGGUAAGAUAAUCCAAAUAAAAAUGUCUG